AUGCACACAUUUUCCACAUUACCUGUCGAACUAGUUUAUCGAAUUAUGGAUCAUCAAAAUGGCCGGACGCUAUUUUGUUCAAUGCAAAAUAUCUGUCGACGGCUCAAUCAGAUCCUGAGUACUUACCAACGAUAUCAAACACUCACCACGCUUGAUCUCCGUUGGAAUCAAAUCGGUGAUGAAGGAGCACAACACAUUGCGGAUGCGUUGCGAACGAAUACGGUAAUAUUGAUCUCAUUUUAUUAG